AUGGCGAGAACUAGAUCUACCAAGUCCGCCCCGGCGGCGAAGACGGAGGCAAGCAGUGCUUCGUCAACAGCCAAAUACACCUUGCCAGACGAAUCGAACAAUACCCCAAAGCUUUUUAUCAUCCCUACCAAGGCGACCAAGGAGGCUCGCAUAGUCUCGCUUCCUAAUCCUAGAUAUGCGAUACCUACACGCUACUUGCUUUGUCCAGAGACAGGCAUAUACGAAUUCACCCAGAUUGCGGCGCCUAAGACAAUGCCGAGAAGCUGGAUGGUUGAAACAUCCACCGGUCUGCUUGAAAAGUCGAAUAACGAAGAUGAGUCGAGACUUCAGGCCCAGGUCACCAAUGGUGCAGACCUCUUUGUUGCAACACCAAUUGACCCAAUCUUCCUCCUCCUUCCCGGUCUUUUUGGGCCUGUUAACGCCAAAUCAACCGAAGCGAAGCGGCUCUUCCUUUCUAGCGAUGACCACUUUGAUGCCGUAUCCACAUCGUCAUCCCACAUGGCCGAGGCUCUGCGAUGCCCCAAGACCCGGAGGCUACUCGAAUCACGAAUGGAGGCAGUAUGCGACACGGUCGAUGCAGGCGAUGAGAAAAUGUACCGGCUGAGCGAGAAGAAACUUGUAAAGCAAAUUCUAUCGAAAGCACAGGCGAUGAGUUCCAAGACCCUUCCUGCCAGUAUGGAGGAGAAGUUUGUGAAGAAAGCGCUGGAGGCCCCGAUCCAAGUACAGAAGUCGCAAGCCGUGACUAUAGAAGUCAAACCUGCUAUUGAAGCAAUAGAUGGAUCCAAAACCCCGACAGCUGGUAACGAGUCAGGAGAGUCCCAGACCUCUAUUUCAACGGUGGACAGUACGCAAUCUGCUGUCUCGAACGCGUCAACAACAGCUACCUCGAUUGGUGAAUGUGUUGAAGAGACCGUUGUCAGCGCUAUGCAGGCAUCUGAUGAGAUUACCAGCCUCCAGAGGAUAAAGGUUGCCUUCAACUUCAUUUGCUCGAGCUAUGUUGCGCCGGGGAUGACAGCAGUCUUGAAGCCACUACUGGUUGACAAGGAGACAGCCAAUGUCGACUUUGCACCUCUUGACGAGUACCUGAGCCAACUUGCCAAGUUGCGGGCCGAAGUUGCUUCGUCUCGGUCGAUGGCCGACUAUUCAAGGAAACGAAUGCUGGACGAAGAGGAAGAAGAGGCGCGUGCGGAGAAGAAGAGGAAGAUGGAAGAGGAAAAGAAGCGGAAAGCCAGCCAAAGCCGAGGUGUCAAGGCAUUGGAGAAGGUCAACACGAAGGGCAUGAAAAAGAUGAGCGAUUUCUUCAAGAAGAAAUAG